GCUCACGUGACCAGCGCUGCUGUCACUCUGCCCCGCUCUGCGUCCCCUCGAGUGCGGCUCUCAACGUCUCCUGCGGGUUCCCCUUUGCAGUCCGCUCCGGGGUCCCCCGCGUCGGCUGAGGCCUCGGAGCCCUCGUGACCCUGCACCCGGGCUGCGGCCCACUCGUCCCCGCAGCGCUCCAGGUGAGGCUGCCGGUCCAGCUUGGGCCUGCCGGGCGCUGCGUCCUGUCUGCGCGGCCUCCGGGUGCGGGUCUGUCUGGCCACCCGGCUUCGGUGUUCUGCCGGCCCGGCCCAGCGGUCAGGCUGCGCUCCUGCAGGUCUCACCCAGGUCUGUGGAAAAACUGAAGAUCACAAAAUUUAGAUGACCAAAAUGGAUAUUCGAGGCGCAGUGGAUGCUGCUGUUCCAACCAACAUCAUUGCGGCUAAGGCUGCGGAAGUCCGUGCCAACAAAGUGAACUGGCAGUCCUAUCUUCAGGGCCAGAUGAUUUCUGCUGAAGAUUGUGAAUUUAUUCAAAGAUUUGAAAUGAAAAGAUGUCCUGAGGAGAAGCAAGAAAUGCUUCAAACUGAAGGCAGCCAGUGUGCUAAAACGUUUAUAAAUCUGAUGACUCACAUCUCCAAGGAGCAGACGGUGCAGUACAUCUUAACCAUGGUUGAUGACAUGCUGCAGGAAAAUCACCAGCGUGUCAGCGUUUUCUUUGACUAUGCGAAACGUAGCAAGAGCACUGCUUGGCCGUAUUUUCUGCCAAUGUUGAAUCGCCAGGAUCCCUUUACUGUUCAUAUGGCAGCAAGAAUUAUUGCCAAGUUAGCAGCUUGGGGGAAAGAAUUGAUGGAAGGCAGUGACUUAAAUUAUUAUUUCAAUUGGAUAAAAACUCAGCUAAGUUCACAGAAACUACGUGGUAGCGGUGUUGCUGUUGAAACAGGAACAGUCUCUUCAAGUGAUACUUCUCAGUAUGUGCAGUGUGUUGCUGGGUGUCUUCAGCUGAUGCUCCGGGUCAAUGAGUACCGCUUUGCCUGGGUGGAAGCAGAUGGGGUGAACUGCAUAAUGGGAGUUUUGAGUAACAAGUGUGGCUUCCAACUUCAGUAUCAAAUGAUUUUUUCAAUAUGGCUCCUGGCAUUCAGUCCUCAAAUGUGUGAACACCUUCGCCGCUAUAAUAUCAUUCCUGUUCUGUCUGACAUCCUUCAAGAAUCUGUCAAAGAGAAAGUGACAAGAAUCAUCCUUGCGGCAUUCCGUAACUUUUUAGAAAAAUCGACUGAAAGAGAAACUCGCCAAGAAUAUGCUCUGGCUAUGAUUCAGUGCAAAGUCCUGAAGCAGCUGGAGAACUUGGAGCAGCAGAAGUAUGAUGAUGAAGAUAUCAGCGAGGACAUCAAAUUUCUUUUGGAAAAACUUGGAGAGAGUGUCCAGGACCUUAGCUCAUUUGAUGAAUACAGUUCAGAGCUUAAAUCUGGAAGGUUGGAAUGGAGUCCUGUACACAAGUCUGAGAAGUUUUGGCGAGAGAAUGCUGUGAGAUUGAACGAGAAGAACUACGAACUCUUGAAAAUCUUAACAAAACUCCUGGAGGUGUCCGAUGAUCCACAAGUCCUAGCUGUUGCUGCUCAUGAUGUUGGAGAGUAUGUGCGACAUUAUCCACGGGGCAAACGGGUGAUUGAGCAGCUUGGUGGAAAGCAGCUUGUAAUGAACCACAUGCACCAUGAAGAUCAGCAGGUCCGCUACAAUGCUUUACUGGCUGUGCAGAAGCUCAUGGUGCACAACUGGGAAUAUCUUGGUAAACAGCUCCAAUCCGAGCAGCCUCAGACGGCUGUUGCCCGCAGCUGAGCUGACCUCUUCAGCCCUUUCUGUUCCUCUGAUGGACCACUGGAGUGAGAACCUUAGUCCUUAGGGCCAAAAAUGAAUACAUUUUACUUUAAUGAUAGUUUUUUUCUGUCAUGUAGCUUUUCCCAAUGCUAAUUUCUGGGGGUAUGUGUGUCGGGGAGUGUUUGCUUGUUAAUCUGUAUAAAAAGUAGGUGUUGUGUAUCUAAGGAAAAUAUUACUGUUACAGUGCUGCUUAUAAUUUCUGUAUUUAUUGGUCUCUGCAAAUGAAUAUAAUUAUUAAAGGAUUCUCACU